AUGCGGCUCCUCAACGUCGACACGUUCAGUUUUACGGAGUACUUCGGGACGAUUCCCCCGCCUUAUGCGAUCGCAUCGCAUCGCUGGACGGCGGGCGCCGAGGCGAUGUGGGAGGAUGUCUACGAGACGAAGAGGACGGACACAGCGGGAUAUCGCAAGGUGCAAGGGUUUGUAGCAUACAUGAGGACACACCUGCCGCUGGUGAAGUGGUUGUGGGUCGACACGUGCUGUAUCAAGCAGCACGCCGAUCGCGAGCUGUCGGAAGCGAUCAACUCGAUGUUCCAGUGGUAUCGCAACGCGGAGGUGUGUCUAGCAUACUUGGAGGAUGUUCCCACUGUGAGCGAUAUGGCGACCUUCGAGCAGAGCGUAUGGUUUCGGCGCGGGUGGACGCUGCAAGAGCUGCUGGCGCCGGGCGUUGUGAUCUUUCUCUCGAACGACUGGAAUGUGAUCGGCCACAAGGGCAAUAACGGCCGCGGGCGAAGCGGAAUGUCGAUACAGACUGGCCCAUCGCUGGAAGACGUGAUUUCGCGUGCGACUGCUAUUCCACUGGCGAUUUUACACGAUUACCGAGCAGGCGACAACCUGACCGCCGGAGAGAAGAUGAAAUGGACAGAUGGCAGGGAGACGAUGCGGGCAGAGGAUCUGUCGUAUUGUCUGCUUGGCAUCAUGGGAGUUAGCAUGAACAUCCGUUACGGCGACGGCGCAAGUAAGACAAGAGAGCGACUGCUACAUAAAAUU